UAUAAAUUGUGGCUUCUCUUCAAGUUGAUUCUCUUUGGUUUCGCUGAUCUCAAUUGCUCAAAAUCCUCUUUGAGAUAUUUCGUAUUGCCCUUAUACACCUGAAAAGGGGUAGUUCUACAGUUGUACGUGCAUCUAAAAAGGUAUUGUAUGAGUCAAAAAAUAGAAAAACCAAUAUUAUCAGGUCAACGCAUAAAGACCAGAAAAAGAGAUGAAAAAGAAAAAUAUGAUCCAAUGGGAUUUCGAGAUGCGAUUUUACUUGGUUUGGAAAAGGCUGGUAACGACUUAGAUGCAAUUUCAAAGUACUUGGAUACAGCUGGCUCUAAAUUAGAUUACCGCCGAUAUGGAGAGGACCUAUUUGACAUCUUAAUAGCUGGUGGACUUUUGGUUCCAGGCGGUUCUAUUGCUCAAGAUGGUGAUAAACCAGUUAAAACCACUGCUUGUGUUUUUGAACAACCAGAAGAUAUGGAAUCCAUGCGAAAUUUUGAACAAGUUUUCAUCAAACUUAUGAGACGUUAUAAAUACUUGGAAAAAAUGUUUGAGGAAGAAAUGAAAAAAGUAUUGGUUUUUAUGAAAGGUUUUACUCCUAAGGAAAGAAUAAAAUUAGCUAGAAUGACAGCUUUAUGGAUAUCUAAUGGUUCAGUACCACCUACUGUUUUAUCAGUCUUAAUUAAUGAACAUCUGGUUAAAGAUAAUUUAGCAUUAGACUUUCUAUUAGAAGUUUUUGUCACUUGGAGACAAGAAAAAGGUUUACCAAGUUUAAUGACUGCAUUGAAAAAAGGCAAUAUUGAAGGAAGGUUAAUGGAAUUUGUACCGCCUAAUAAACGAACUGAAGAGUAUUUUCGAUCUGUAUUUGAAGCUGUUGGUCUUGCAGACAUUGUAAAAUUACAUAAAGCUCAAGCAAGUCAAGAAGCAAAACGAGACUUGCAACAACUAUUGUUGGAUGAUUUGGCCGAUAAUCGUCCUAUGAAAGACAUUAUACUUGAUCUCAAAGAAAUGGCACAGAAGAGUGGUAUUCCUGAACAUGAAGUUAUUGGUUUGAUUUGGGUUGUAGUGAUGGGUCAAGCUGAAUGGAAUAAAAAAGAAGAAUUGGUAGCUGAUCAAGCACUGAAACACUUAAAAGUAUACAAUCCAUUGUUUGAUGCUUUUACAACCACUGCCAGAUCUGAACUUGCGCUUAUUCUCAAGGUCCAGGAAUUUUGUUAUGAGAAUAUGAAUUUCAUGAAAGUCUUCCAGAGAAUUGUUUUACUAUUUUAUAAAAUUGAUGUAAUAUCGGAGGAAGUGAUUUUAAAAUGGUAUAAAGAAGGCCAUUCUGUUAAAGGAAAAAUGCUCUUCUUGGAUCAAAUGAAAAAAUUCAUUGAAUGGUUACAGAAUGCAGAAGAAGAAUCUGAAUCAGGAGAAGAAGACGAUUAAAAACACAAAA